AUGCGGGACAAGGCAGCAGUGAGCGCGCUCAAAGCCGCAGCCUCGCAAGCCCUCCCCGAAGGGAUAGGGGCCAAACCCACCCCCACCUCGCCCGAAUGGUCACGGGCCAUGUCCGCGAGCGAGACUCUCGUCUCGCCAGCACUCGGAACCCAGCGGAUCAAGCCCAGUGACCUCCUGGGCAACGAUCUGGCGCUGUUGACGGAACAUGUGCGCCGGUUGCUGGGGACCGGACAUCCUGUGCUGGCGACGAUUGCGAACUACUAUUUCUCGGCGGGAGGGAAACAUGUGCGGCCUAUGGUGGUGUUGCUGGUCUCGCAGGCGACGAGUGUGGCGCCGAAACGGGAGGGGUAUGAUGCCGCGGCGGAACGGGCGAGGUUGCACGAUGGGGAUGUGGACGUGCCCGUGAGUUCGAUGGACAGGGAGGUACGGUUCGACGAGGCAAAGACAAAGACGAUACGGCCCUCUGACAUCAGCAGUCUCCCCGACAACAACAUCCUCUCGACCCAACGCCGCCUCGCCGAAAUCUCCGAAAUGAUCCACACCGCCUCGCUCCUCCACGACGACGUGAUCGACCUCGCGAUGACCCGCCGCAGCACGCCCUCCGCCAACGCCGAGUUUGGAAAUAAGAUGGCCAUCCUCGCCGGCGACUUCCUGCUCGCCCGCGCAUCGGUGGCCCUCGCCCGCUUACGAAACGUCGAGGUCGUCGAGCUCCUCGCCACCGUCAUCUCAAACCUCGUCGAGGGCGAGUUCAUGCAGUUGCGCAACUCGGCGCUGAAUAGUAGUAAACAGGAGAAGGGAACGUCGUGGUUUCAUCGCCAUAUUCGGGAUCCGCUCUUCCCCGCGCCUUCUUCAACAAACUCAACGUCCCAACAAACACCCGAACAGCAAGAAAUCCUCGCCCAAAAAUUCGACUACUACCUCGAAAAAACGUACCUCAAAACCGCCUCCCUGAUCGCCAAAUCCUGCCGCGCCGCCGCCGUCCUCGGCGGCUGCACACCCCACGUGGUCGACGCAUGUUACGCGUACGGCAAGAACCUGGGAAUCGCGUUCCAGUUGGUGGACGAUAUGCUGGAUUUCACCACCUCGGCCGACGCGUUUGGGAAACCGGUCAAUGCGGACCUGAAAUUGGGACUCGCGACCGCGCCGGUGCUGUUUGCGGCAGAGACGUAUGGAGAGCUGCAUGUGCUUAUGGAGCGGAAUUUUGCGGAGAAGGGGGAUGUUGAGAAGGCACUAGAACUCGUCUUCCAAUCAGACGGCCUCCCGCGCACCCACGCCCUCGCGGCCUCCUACUGCCAAAAAGCCAUCGACGCCAUCUCGCUGCUGCCGGACACACCCGCCCGCUCGGCGCUGAUACAGUUGACCGACGCUGUUUUGACGAGGAAGAAAUGA